AACAUUUCUAAUCCCUGUGACUAAAUAGUUCAUCAUUAAAUAUAUAUCCACAUAUAUAUUCAUUUAGUCACGUAUUUUAUUGAUAAAAAACUAAUAUAUAUAUUUUCAUCGUUUAAUUUCAAGUGAUUCAACACCCAAGCCCAGGUUUCAUCAACUUGUGUAUUUUCUCUCCUAAAAUGGGUUUAGUUUCCAGUACAAGAAGAAAAAUCAUGACAAUCGACAGAGAAACAGUAGAAAAUUUGAUAAAAUCGGAUACUGUGGUAAUUUUUUCAAAAACUUACUGUCCUUAUUGUAAAAUGGCCAAGGAGGUCUUUGAUAAAAUGAACAAAACCUACAAGGCAAUUGAACUGGACGAAAAAGACGACGGGGAAGACUACCAGGACAUUUUGGGAGAAAUAACUGGAGCUAGAAGCGUACCCAGAGUUUUUGUCAAAGGAGAGUUCAUUGGCGGUGGCACUGAUGUUAAGAAAGCAUUUGAAAAUGGAGAAUUAGCUAAAAGAUUUGAUUAAUUGUAUUUAUGUUAAUUAAUCACUUAAUUAUGAAUUUAAAAAAUAUUUAUUAAUCAUGUAAUUUUUUAUUUUCAAUUAAUUUUUUUUGCACAGUUCUUUUGAGAAUUAAUUAAUAAAUUAUUUUAUGAUUAUAAUUUAAAUUUUUUACUUAAAAUUAAUAAAUCCUUUUGCUUAAUUCAAGGUGUUAAUUAUCUAGAGAAAGACUAGAAUUGUUUACACGCGAUAGGACAUUUCAAAAUGAUAAAACGUGAUUAAAAAAUACAAAACCGUCGACUAAUUUAUUCAUCAUCACGUAUUGUAAAAUAAGAUAUUGAGUAACGAUACAUUUAAUUACUAAAAGACAAUUUAAAUUGAGUAUAAAUUGAUUAAAAUUUAUUUUAAAUAGCUCAGUUUAAAAGUUAUACUGUACAUCGAGUUAACAAAAUUGUUCAAAUUUAUUGUAACUUAAUGGGUUCAUUUAAUUCAAAUUUGGGGUCGACUUACAUAGACCCAGAAGGGACUAAAUAUACUGCAGAAGGAAAAUUAAGUCCAUCAGAAGUUGGUGUCCAUAUCAAAGUUGAUGAAUCAAAGAAAAAUAUUAAU